CUAAAACUGAGCUUUUAUGCAACAGUGGGAUUAGCGUGAAAUAAAGGGUCAAAAUGUGGAAAACUGUUAGAUAUGGUGGAAGAUUUGGGUUGCUGUGAGUCUGUUUCUCUUCCAAAGGGCUUGGGGACAUUGUUAAGAAUGGACAUCAUCAUGAGGUCUUUGAAAUACCAGAAUAUUUUGAUUAAAUGUCUGGGCCUAGCCGCAGGAUAAUGAUCCAAAACAUAUAGAGAAAGCAACACAGAAAUGGUUCACCAAAAAUUAACUUGGUUCUGGGGUCAUCAUUUUGUCAGUAAUUUAACUUUUUAUUAUACUUGCAGCAUAUGUCCUUAUCAGUUAGAAAGCUGUGCCCCUUAGACAUGACAGGUUAAAGAGGGAUACAGAUGAGGGGCAAGGAGUAAAAUAGGAUUAAGUCAUUCAUUGUGUUUUUCAGUAACAAACACCAGUCAGUGUGUCUGCCCACUGUUAAGUAUAGUGGAGGUUCUGUGAUGGUAUGGGCCUGUUUCUCCUCCAAAGGUCUACUUUGUGUUGGCCUAUCACAUAACAUUUCAAUAACAUACAUUCAAAUUUAUGGCUGUAAUAUGAGAAAAUGUGGAAAACUUAAAUGGUUUUAUUACAUUUGCAAAGCAAUCUAAAUCCCUCUGACUAGUUUUAUGACUAUAUUAGAACAAAUUAGCAAAUUUAUUUGGCCUAAUUUCCACAUUUAUUGAAGCUACUUUGUGUCACUUUGUAUAAUUUAAAGCCAUACUAUUACAGCUAAAUCAUCAUUACCCUUUUAAACAUUUCACUUCCUUGUUCUAUUGUUCAUGCAUGUAUGUUAACCAGUUGAAGUAAUCAAUUUUCUAUUACCAGCAGAGAUGCAUGUUGUGCAUCUGCAGAGAAAGGCCCGAGCCCUCCCUCCCAUUUCGGUUACAUUAAACUAUCAGCAUGUCUCUGUAAGCUGUCUCCUUGGUGGAAAGCAGGUGGAGGGAGAAACGAGGGACGUGUAUAGGCUGUUUGCAGCCAGAAGGAGGCGAUGUCGAUCCUCCUCCUCCUCCUCCUUCUCGCCACUGCUCGUCUCAGUUUGGCCAGAGCUUCCAGUCUGCUGGGUGAGAUCAUUACCAGACACCAGGCUCCGGGACCUGACAUUCACCGAUUGGAAAAGCAGAGAGAGAGAGGGGCACACACACUCGGAGAUCGAGAGAAAACCUUGAUCCAGUGCAGCCGGCGACCUUUGGCGAGCUAUCCCGCGGUCUUCAGCCUCAGCUCCCCCGGUCCUCUGCUGCACAGACACGGCUCAAAGCGCGCUCUGUUGUCGCAGGAAAUCUUUCCCCCUUGUUGGAUUUUUGGCUUGUAGUCGGAUGCGGGCUGCUUGUUUUGACUGCAGUAACAGAGCUGCUCCCCCUCCUCCUUCUUCUCCUCCUCCUCCUCCUCCCCUCCUUCCAGCCGAGUAGCGGAUUUGCGAGGGAUCUCAGCGCCGACUCAAAAGCGAUCCCGCAAAGCACCGGGACACGCUCUCUGCACCGCUGCGGCUCUCCGGCUGCUCCCUCCUGCAGGAACCCCCGAUCGGUCAUCCUUUCUGACAGAACCUGGACACGACCACCAAGUUUCCUGUUGGAUUUUUUAAAAUCCUUUUCUUGCUACCUUGAUUCUCUCAUCGGAUCGCCUGCAAGUCCUAUUUUCCCCCUCGCCCCUCUCUUUCCAAAGCGCCGUUGACGCCAUUUUCCCCGGGGUUUUCUGUCAGAAAAAUCCAUCCACAUUUCUUCCCGGGCAGCGUUUGACAGCUCCCUGGGAGCCUGUCAUCCCAUCUUGUGUAAAAAUGUGUCUUGGCUAAAUGGAUUGUAAACGAUCUUGAUGAAAUAUUCACACGUUAGAGCCGACUGUGUGACAACAUUAGACAUGGAUUGUCCCUGGCUUCGCUGUGUUCCUUUGGGACAACGGACACAACCCCAGUAGCUGACUGACAGCACCAAGCAGCCCACCGGACCACUGUGCUGAAACUUCCCAUUGGCCGGCUGCCAGAGCUUCCCCCCCAUCCUGACUGGCUCUGGCGGGAGCGUGGAUGGAGCCGAGGGAUCUAGUUGGCUCCGCCCGACCCAAAGAGGCGGACCUUCGGGAAGGCAGGGCAGGGCCGAACAAGGAGCAUCAACUGGCGGCGGGAGGCACCGGGCUGGUGCACAGCGAUGAUGUGAUUAACGGCGCUGCCAGUGAGGGGGAGGGGCUAGAGGAACAGGGGGAGGGGCUUAUGGAGGAGCAGGAGUUUUCCAUCAAGGAAGCUAGUUUCCAAGAGGGAAGUCUCAAGUUGAAGAUACAGACCACCAAGCGCACCAAGAAGCCGCCCAAGAGCCUUGAGAACUAUAUUUGUCCGCCAGAGAUCAGGAUGACCAUCAGACCUCCGGCUGGAGAAGGCAAAGGGGGGCGACAAGGGCGGACAGGAGGCGGGGCAGGAGCAGGGCGGGGCCCCAAGGACGAAGAACGAGGUCCCCCGAGAAAACGGACUUACGAGCGCCAGUUCAGAAUGCCUGAGCAGAGAGACGGAGGUCUUCUACAGCUACUGGGAGAUCCCGCUCCACCCAAACACCAGCCUCACAGCUCCCUCCUCUCAAAUGCGCAGCAAACACAGCACGGCCUCACUCAUAAGUUCCAGCACAACCAUUCGCAUCAGCACCAAAUUGGUCCAGACUGGAUCACGUCUGUGGCGUCUUUUUCUUCCCCAGGCCAACCGGCCGACGCUGAGCCAGUUGGAGACUUGGCAGGAGGGAGCAGAGGUUCAUUGCUUGACCCGACGCAGCUUUACUCCCGAACGGCAACUCCAAGCCCGUCUCCCAAGAGAUCAAUGACUCCGGACCUGCAGCUACCAGUGGUUACAGAUGCCAGUAUUCUCAACCUCACCUCACUGAGCAGGGGAAAGGGUUUGCAAGAGGUCAGCGAACAGCUCUUUGGGAAUAUCAAGAGGAAGUACGGAAGGAAGGACGCUCAGAGGAAGGACCCCCAAAGUGCUGAUGCACCUUGGGGAAGGCAGUCGGAAAGAGGAUCGGAGAGCCCGGCUAACUCUGAAGAGAGGCAGAGGUACAGGCAAGAGGGGACAGCUGAACACUUCCAGGAAGAAAGGGAGGAACGAAGAAAGGAAGAACGAGAGCAGGGAAAUGCAGGGAGGAGAGGCGAUGAAGAAGAGAGAGGGAUGUCCAUGCAGGUGGAGGACGGAAAAGGAAGAAAGAGGCGGAGGAGGCCAUCAUUUGAUGAGUCAUUUUCCAUGGAUGAGCGGUCCCAGCAGCACACUCGGGAUACAGCAGAGAAGCCCCAGGCCAGACCCCCAGAACCUAAAAUAGCACAUAAGGUAGAGGCUCACAAAAAUGAUUCCCGUCUUUCAAGUCAGACUGAUGGCAGUGCAGAGAGGAUAGAAAAGGCAGAUAAAGCUGAUAGGAGAGAUAAAGGAGAGAGGGCAGAACGAGGAGAGGCAGCUACAUGUGGACCUGAGCAGGAAUCUGAUCUGAGCUCAAACAGGGUGAAGAAGAACCCUGUGGGUCGUCCCAAGAGCAUCACAGAUACCCUGAAACUCAGAGAGGCAACAUACAAUCAGAUCAACAAACCCAGUCUUAGCAUGAACCCCAGACUCCCCAGCCCCAGCUCUCGAAUUGGCUUGAGUCCAACUUCCAGCCCUAAAUCCAGGAUUAACAUCAGCCCGAGUCCAAGUCCUAGACCCAGGAUGGACCUGAGUCUGUGUUCAAACACUGGCAGCAGCCCUGCAGCCAUUUCCAGGCCAACCAAGGCCAAUGAAAGGUGGUCUUACCUGAAAGUUAAAAGUCAUACGAGUCUCACCUCCCCUCAGAGAGAGAGCAUGGGUAGCCCCUCUGCUCUAACAGAUCCGCCCUCUGCCUUCCCAAUCACCCCCUCCAGCCCGCUCUACACCAACACUGACAGCCUAACUGUGCACGCUCCCAUCAAGAGAAAACGCGGACGUCCCAAGAAGCAACCGCUCCUGACUGUUGAGACAAUUCACGAGGGCACCUCCACUUCACCUCCAAGCCCGCUGGCAAAGGAGUCAAACCUGGGGCUAAACCGCAGAAGAAAGAUGCACACACUGAACCCGCUAGUGCACGUGGCCUCCUCAUCUCCCAGUGAUGGUUCUAACAGCCUGAAAGUGAAGCGUGGGAGAGGUCAUCCCAGGACAGUGAAUAGGACGAAGCUUGGGAAAAUGCAGAGCAUCCUGAACGAGAUCCUCUCUGGAUCCAGUCAGAAUGGCUCCCUGGCUUUGAAGUCAGCCUCCGCUCCUGUUACCUCAGCCAUGAGUGCCAUGGCGACGACCAUUGAGGCUCGAUUGGGUAAACAGAUAAAUGUCAGCAAGAGAGGAACUAUCUACAUCGGUAAGAAGCGAGGGCGGAAACCCAGAGCAGAAACCCAAGGCUCCAUCUCCUUCAAAACUAGCAGGGACAAGCCACAGAUGUCUCUCUCUGCAUCCAGUCUUUACGACAGCCCUGCAGUGCAUUCCACCAACUCAUCUCCCAGUUCAAGUGCUCCAUCCCUGAGAGCCAGCAAUACAGACGCCACCAUGCCAAGUUUGCAGCCCAUCUUAGCCCUGCCUACCAAACCAUCGGGAAGAGGAUUUCUCUCAGGGGGCUGGAAACUUUCUCCCCCUCGUCUCCUGGCUAACUCACCCUCCCACCUGUCAGAGGGGGCGUCGGUGAAGGAGGUGACCCUCUCCCCCAUCAGUGAGUCUCACAGUGAGGAGACUAUUCCCAGUGACAGUGGGAUUGGGACAGACAACAACAGCACCUCGGAUCAAGCCGAAAAGGGUCCCGCCUCUCGUCGCAGGUACUCAUUUGAUCUUUGCGGGUUUGAAUCCCCGGAGGUUGCCGCUCUGGACACAUCCAACAGGGGCAGCAGACCACGCUGUGAACGAAAAGUUACUGCUGUAGACAGCUAUCUGUCGCAGCAGGAAAAGAAGCAAAAACAUAAUCGGAGGAAGAGGAAGUGCCUGCAGACCCGGGACCAUCUUCACUUUCUCUCUGAGCUGGAAGAGGUGGUGUUAAAGUUCCAGCAGCUGCGGAUAUCUCACAGGCUGUACACCUGCUACCCCCAGCAUCCAUAUCCGUCUAUUUUUCGGCUCAACUUUCACCAUUACUACCCGCUCAGCUACGACUCCUACGCCUGCGACUCCAGUUCGUAUCUGCGCAGGAGUGCCGAUCUGAAGGCUAAAAGGAGACGGGGCCGUCCAGCCAAAGCCGGCGAACCGAUCGCAUCCAAACUGCCAUUUGUUCCAGGAUAUGGCUAUUCGCUGGGAGGGGGGAAUUACUAUGCCGCGCCGUAUGCAAUGCCUUACCCACCUCCUCUGAAUUUAGGCUACUUCCCCCCAACGCCACCGUUUUACCUGCCCCACCACUCGCUUGGACCUACUCCUCCAUCUCCUUUCAUGAGGCCUGCUGUCCCACCUCCGAAGGCUUUCCACACGGGUGGGCACCCCAAACUGCAGGUGGGGGCUAAGAUUCGCAGUGCUAGUGGCCCACUGCAGGGCCCCGCUGUAAGAGCAGAGGCUCUGGGCUCCUUGAGCAGUGGAAGUGCUGGUCUCACGGGUGUUCGUCUUCAUAAGAGAAAGCACAAACACAAGCACAAGCACAAGGACGAACCUCUCCUUUCCCCACGGGACCGGCAGGAGUUAGGCGGACUUUUCAGUGGAGCCAAGACCAACGUGCGACUCAGCAUGCUGAGUGAGAGGAGGGACUUGGCUGGUCAGGGUUCCUCAAAGCAUCUGGAGAAGCAGAGGGGCAACACAAGAGGCCCAAACCUGGGAUCUGGCCUGGGGCUUUUUGAGUCGGACCAGCUGUCUGUGCGCGCUCUCUCCGACAGCCAGUUUCACUCCCGUCAGACUGCACAGCCUGUGAAGGGCUUCAUGAGCAGCUACAGCAGCCAAUCGCAGCGGUUGGAGUCAGCCUCUGACCUUUUCUCUGGGUUACGGGAGGAUGAGUGUGCUGGGAGGAGCAGAAGGACUAGUCUCACUGUCUUCGGGGAUCAGGGCUUAAUGUCUUUCCAAACUGCCCGGCAGGAGCCAGAGCAGAUGAACGAGUGCUCUAGUCCAGCCCUUACUGGUGUCACCGCUAAGAGGAGGUAUAAACGUCGUGAGGUGGAACAGAUACAGAAGGACGUCAGGAGGAUGCAUUCUUUGAACUUUGAUCAUGUGCAGAAGAUCCUCCGUGCCAAGCGUCUACAGCGACAAGCCAAAACGGGAAAUAAUGUCAUCAAGAGACGGCCCGGGCGGCCCCGAAAGCAGCCAUUAGAGGAACCCCAGCCUGCUGACACGAGGGAGGACAUUUGGGCGAAUGCUCAAGGUUUGGAUGUACUGGCCACCAGGAAAAGCGACGGGAGGACUUUGGGGAUGCCGGUCCUGGAGAGGUGCGAUAACCUGCCAGGUAGACAUAUCUUCAGGCCGGGCCUGAGCCUCGAGCCUCAGGAGCUCCCCAGUCACGACUCCAUCUCGGCGACAAUCGAGACCGUGGUGCAUCAGGCGCGGUCCGUGCCUCCUCCAGUGAAUAAAGAGGGCAAACGUAGAGGAAGGGGCCACAGCAGGGAUGAACUGUGGGCCCCUGGCAGUCAGUAGAACCGCAUGAAAAACAACCCCUGAACUAAAGGUAGAGCAGUUAUCAGAAUCAGAGCUGCUUCAGGCCUAAAAGAUGCAGUGCCCUCAAUUCGGGAACUCUUUGAUGCACUUUGAGUUGUUUCUCCUUUCCAGUUGGUAGUAAGGAGCACAGCGGGGUGGGGCGGGGCAGAGGACAAACAACAACCUCCAACAGUCUGCAAAAAGCCCUACCAGACAAGGGCCUUUCAAAGAUCCACCGGACCUUUCUUCACAUUGACUAUCUGUGGUACUCUUUGAUACUGAAUCUGAUGCUAUAAAGUGUGUGGUACUUAUGAUAGAGUAGGAUUUCAUGUGAUUCUUUAUGUAUCUGAUACAGUGACGUGUAUGGUACUUUAUGAUACAGUAUCUGAAUGUGGCUUUAGCCAUAUAUUUACCAGCAAACGGGAAGGGGGGGGUGGUUCAUAUAAAACUGUGCAGCUCUGCUUAUUUUUUGCCUUUUUGUGGAAGCUUGUGAAAGUCAUGCAGGAUAAUACAUCAGUAAUUAAACCUCCCUACCCUGUCUUUGAGUUUUUUUUCCCCCUCAUAAGGUAUUUUUCAAGGUUUCUCAACCCCUUUUAGAAGAACACUUCCUGGCAGCUCAUCUACCCUGUUUUACCCCUAAGAUUUACUCCUACUGAUGUUUUCAAUCUGCAGUCCUUGAGCUUCCUUGUUUUAGUCUGUUUGUCAUGUAUUUCUCCCCUCUUGCUCAGGCCUCUCCUGGGCAGGGAAUUGAAGGCAAUACGGUGGAUAAAACUUGUCCCCCGACUGUACAUAGAACUAAAAGUCCACUGUUGCCUGCCUUGUACAAUGGGAAAAAAACCAGCUCAAAGAUGUGUACUGGCUUCCAGUAUCUUAAAUAGAAUUGUAGAUAAUGAAAGUGUGUAUUGUUUUAUAACCAAAACCAGACAUGGGUGUGACUCAAGACAGGUAUGUUUUCAGACAGAAGAAUACCAUGUAUAUUCGUUCAUACGCUCAUUAUUGUGUUUGUAUCCCAGGGAUGGGGUAGGGAGGGAGCGUUGGAUAAAAUGGAAUGUCGGAUGUGUUUUUUGGUGAACUUUCAGAGUUUGUUAAAUGCACUAUGAAGAACCGUUCACUUGCAUCAAUCAGAAAGCAGGACUUACAUGCUUGUUCUAGCCUUAUGUGUUCUUUGUAUCCGCUGGUUUCGACGCCUGUUCCAGAGAGCAUGCGUUAUUUUUUUAAUCAAUUCGUAUAUGCAGGCCGCGCAGCCAAAAAGCAUUAAAACAAAACAAAAACAAAUUAAGCCUGAUUCAAAGUCGUGAUCGGAUAGUUCAGUUAACCCCCCCCCCCUCCAUCCUCUUUUCUGUUCAAGCUGAUUUCCGUAAAGCAGUUCCAGUGUUUUGAUUUUGAAACCAAAGUCUCAGUAUUCAGUGUAAGGAUGUAGUAUUUGAUAGUAUUAGAGUUUGGGAAACUCUCCACCACAUUGGCAGCAAUGUAAAGCAUUCCUAUGUGCACUGUAGAAUGUAGCCAUGUUGGAUCUCAGUGUCAGUAAGCCUUUUGUUUAACUCUUUUUCUUUCAGUAUAUGGCACUUUGGGUCAUGGUAGGAUUUUUCCCAGACACAAACAGAAGUUCAGUGUUUCUUUGGGAAUUUUUUCAGUCCGGCGGCUUCGGUUCUCCUUGGGCCGGGUGACAGUUUCAGUUACAGCAGCUCAACUUGUGCCUUAUGUUUCCUUUCUAUCACUGAUUGCAUUUGACUGAAGGAACAGAAAGUGGCAAGGAGUGCCCCCGAGAGAGUGACCCAAGCAUGUUCAUGAUUGUGCAUAUCGACACAUGUGUCUUAAGUCAUCAGAACCCUGACACUGCCUUUGUCCUUUCCCUUCUCUCUGUCUCUGGGCUUUCUUCUAGUUUUCUGACCCCGUAUCAUCCUGACAGAGCUGGAGGGGCUGGACUCGCUGUAUUUAAUACACAUCAUGUACUGACCUAAAAACCGCCAUGCAGCAGCAGGGGCGGAAACAGAAAAACCCACUGAGUCAGAUGUGCUUCUGUCCGGAGAUAUUGAUUCUUCUCUGUGUCUUUGAUGUGUAGUUGAAGAUCGCUUUUUCUCCUAACGAGUAAAAUAUCUGACAAAAGGAGGAAGAGAAGCAGCUGUCAGGAAAAAAACACAUUGGCGUAUAUUAUUUUCUAUGCAUCUGGUCAUGUAUCUGGCACUGACCUUAAAACAAGUUGAUGUUCCGGGUCCACCCCUUCGACAAAGAGAAAUAAGUGGUCUUAUUUGCUGAAUAAAGUGAAUCUGUGUGAAUAAUACCAAUAAUAAUUUGUAAUAAUGACAAUAAUAAUAGAGUUCUGCAGAAAGUGACUAUCAUUUCAAGAAAACUAUACUUACUGCCUCUCUAUGCAGUACAGCCUUAAGCAGAUGUAAAACUACAGUAUUGAUGUGUUUGUUGUAAAUCGUGUUUUUGUGUCCAUCGCUCAUGGAUACUAACAAGAAACCACCUCCUAAAGCCACAGUGCGCCAUCUGUCUCCCUCAAGACUGAAGCAAACUAAGAGAAAUGACACAAAUAAUGUACUUUGGUACCAGGCAUGGGUCGGUUCCCGGUUUUAAGGUACAUCAGUGCUCUAAAACGUUACGACUUUAAAUACCGUCAUACCGUUUUUUCCAUUUAAAGCCCUUUUAUUAAGAUUAGAUUGACCAGAUCAUGUGCAAUAAGCCCUUCAAAACAAACAGGUGUUUUAUGUUAUUUGCUUUAGUCUGUGUAUCAACAUCAAAAUAAUUUCUAAAUGCUUUACAUGCUAUCUUUACAAAAUAUCAAUAUGUUACAUUAUUUGAGUGUUUGAAGUAAAUUCUUUCUUCUCUGGGUGUAAAGCAAUCAGGCCAUGUUCUACCUUAAUGUUUUACAUUUUCUUGUUAAUAAUCUGAAACUGUGAUAUUUUUACUCAAGGCUAUCAUUAUUCCAGCUCAAUCAAUUACAAAGAAUGCUAAAAUAACCUUCCCUACUACCUUGUGAAAUGUCCUAAAGACCCGACCGUAGUGAACUCGACCAAAAAUAGGCAUCUCUGCCGACUUUCGGCUCCUUUUGCCUGCAGGUAGACGGUGCGUUGCUGUAGCGCGAAGAAGGGUUGUGUGUUGGGGGAGUUCUCAAAGGAAAAAGCCCAAAAUACUCUCAACCUAAUGUUAGUGUGCUUAACCUUGCUUUGGUAGAGGACUUUCUGUGGCUCUGCAGUCUGUUGUGGUGAAGGUUAGAUCUAUACCAGUGGGCCACUUACGCCUCCGUGUUGUGGUGGGGUGGUGGUCUCUGAUGGUGGAAUUAAAGGCCGUAGGUAAUGUCUGUGCUGUCCUGUCUGUUUUGUCUCUCCUUCUACCAGCCAAUGCUCCAGUGCCUUCCAACACUGACAAGUAUUAUCCUAAUCCAGAGCUUUCAGUUGACAGAGACUUCAGAGAGGAUGUGGUUGUGAGUGGGGGUCAUGCUCUCUUGUUAGCAACUGGUCUGGGUCUCUUGAUAAAUACUCCGAGAACGUUUUCACCUUUUGUUGCUUUAUAACCGCAAACUUGAAUGUGUGUGUUAUUGUUCAUCCUUUUUUUAGAAUUAUAAAUCUGAAAAUUGCGGCAUGCAUUUGCAUUCAGCCCCCCUUUGUAUACUUUGUAGAACCACAAUUCAGUUAGAUUUAGGUCUGGACUUUGACUAGGCCAUUAUAAUACAACAACAUACGUUAGUCUAAACCAUUACAUUGGAGCUCUGGCUGUAGGUUUUGAGUCCUUGUCCUGCUUUAAAGUGAACUUUUGCUCUGACUACCUUCCCUGUCCCUGCUGAAGAAAAGCAUCCCCACAGCAUAAUGCUGCCACCACCAUAUUUUACAAUGGGGAUGGUGUGUUGUUUCCCUAACUUCGGUGGAUUAUUUAAACUAGGUGACUUCUAAAUGCAACUGGUCUCAUUCGAUUUUAUUCAGGGGUAGCAGAGUGAAGGAGGCUGAAUACAUAUGCACGCUACACCUUACGGGUUUUUUGGGGGAACUGUUUUGAGAACCAUGUGUCAUUUUCCUUCUGCUUCACAUUUAAGAGUUACUUUGUGUUGCUCUGUUGCAUAAGAUCUCCACAAAAUACAUAAAAGAUUGCGGUUGACUUGUAAGCAGCGUUGGAGCAUACAUUAUGGUUAUAAAUGUAUGAUUGUGCCACAAUGACAUCAUGUAGGAUGAGAGAUACUGUCAGCUAUAUUCUGAUCUUAUUCCCCUGAUAGCAUGCAGUGAUGGGAGUCCUACACCUGGAGUGGGGGGGUCGUAUAACAGAGACAUAAAUGUUGUCAUCCUUCUAGCAUCUGUUUCCCAUUCAAAGCUAUCACAUUGUUCUGAACUGAGAGUGUAGACAAGGCAUUGAGAAAACCAAUAAAUGUACUUCUGUAGAGCACAAAGUGAGCUCUUCUAACAGAGUGGGCAUAUUUUAAUUUGUAUACAUUGUGUAUUCGAACCUUUUUCUAGAGUGGCUCUCCUUUAUUUGCAUGCUCAAUUUUGAUUGUAUGCAUAAAUAUUUUAGACAAGUUGAAUUUCAAUUGAAUUUGAACCAAGACUUGUACAUUGUUUAAUAUCCUUCUUUUUGUAAUGGAUUUUUUAAUUCAUGAGGCAUUUUUGUACAUUGUAUGAAUAUUACAAACUGCAAAUAUUUGACAUAUAGAGCAAAUACUAGAUGCACAUGCAUAUGCAUAUAUUCCUCACAGUAUGUAUGUGUAAGCAUACACAUAUAUUUUGUAUUUGCAUUUGCCAGCAUACAGAUAUAUGUCUUAAGCACAUAUAUAACUGUAUUAUAUAUGUAUAUCCAUGUCUGCUGGCAUGCUUUUGGUCAUGUUUCUCUUUCAUGAUCUUGUAGGCUUUUUUUAUUUUAUUUUAUUUCCUCUUUCCUUAAAACAAAUGCUCAUUCUUUGCUACCCUUCUGUUGGCUAGCAGCCUUGAGCACUUAUUAAGAAGAACUACAGUUGAAGUUGUUCAUGUUAUCCAUUGUGUGAAAUAAUAAAUGACUUUAUUGACAGCUCA